ACCAAACGCCCCCUUUCUGCUUCAUGCUGCAUUUAUAAAGCAGCACAACAGACAAAUUUCGACUGCAACAACAUCAAAUUAAUGGGUGAUAAACUUAAGCUAAAAGCGGUUGUUUCCGACGAGAGCAGUGAUGAAGAAGCAAAAGAGGACGAAAAUGAGUUAGAUCUUCCCUUGGAUAAAUUGAAUUUGGGCCCUAGAAAAAAGCUCCUUGUCCUUUGUCUCGGCGAUUUACUCGUCCGGAGGGUGCACCUUAGAGACAAGCACACCGUUCGUGGGUUCAAACCCGACGUCAUUCACGGGAAAUUUCUAGUGUUCAAGAGGCCAUUUUGCACUGACUUCAUGAAAUUUUGCUUUGAUCGGUUUGUGGUCGGGUUAUGGUCUGCUGCUAGAGAACAUAAUAUUGAUGCUGUUUUGAGGUGUAUCACUGGUUAUGAAAAUAGAAACAAUCUGGCUUUUGUUUGGUCACAAGAGGAAUGCAGAGAAUCUGGAUAUUAUUGUCUGGAAAAGAAGGAAAAGCCUCUGUUUCUUAAGAAUUUGGCAGAUCUUUGGGAGAAGAAAUAUGGCUAUCAUUUUGACCUUCCAUGGAAAAAGGGAGAAUAUUCAGCUUCCAAUACUCUGCUAAUUGAUACUGAACCGCAUGUGUCUCUGCUAAACCCAAAUAAUACUGCUAUAUUUCCGAAACCAUUCAAAACCCCAGAUCCGGAAGACACAUUUUUAGGGUCCAAUGGUGAGCUGCGGAAGUUUUUGGAGGGCGUUACAGAUGCGGAGGAUGUUCCUACUUAUGUGAAGAAGCAUCGCAUUGGGCAGCCUCCGAUUACGCCUUCCCAUCCUGACUGGUCCUUCUAUCAGAAAAUCGUUCAUCGCUUUCGCAAAAAGUAACUAAAAUUUGCUGGAGGAAAUUGCUAUUGUUCACUUAGCCCCCGUUUGUUUAUUGGCGUUUUCAACUCCAAAGUUAAUAUUUCUAGCGUUUCCAUUUAUAAGGAAACGGUGUUUUGCUCCAAAAUGCUAGAAUCCAAACAGCCUCUUAAUAAGAAGUGAUGGGUCUAUUAUCAUUGGUGUUAUCAUUAUUAUUACUAUUAUUAAUGUUAUUAUCAUUGUUAUUACUAUUAUUAUUAUUAUUAUUAUUGAUACUAAAUGUUUGGUGUGAACAUUAUUUGUAUGUGUAUGGCACAUCUUGUCUGAUAUUACAAAAUAUUUGAACAAAGUUAUGAAUAACUUAUACUACGUAC